GGAAGGCUCAAACUCACUAGUCACUAGAACCUUCUUCCGACUAGCAGCCGCCGCCGCCGCUCUGCUUCUAGCUGAAUCACUCUUUUCUGGUUCCAGUUGAAGCUCGCUCGCUCUCUCCAUCUCAAUACCUUUUCGAACAAGACAAGACUCCGGUAAUGGUUCGCUCCAACGCCACACGCCUCGCCUGCCGCCUCGCUCGCGCUUCCAUCUCUUCUCACCUUCUCCGCGACACUUCUAUUGUAUGUGAUCCGGGUCGCAUCUGGGGAUGCAGACAAUUCACUGCGUCGAUAUGCGAUCAACGGAGAUUCUUCUCCAAUUCGAAUUUUUGGAAUGGAGCUAAUGAAAGGGGCAGGCUGAGAACUGGAUUGCCAAAAGCUAAUUUUGUUGCCACUAGAAGCAUCCAUGGAACAGGUUUCUUCAUAAGCAGCUUGAAUACUUGUUUGUUUGAUUGCAUAACUUUGUGAAUGCAGAAUAUGAAAAUUUGGGAUUCAAUGCGAGCUUAAGAAACAGACAUGUAACGU